GGACCAGGAAAGGAGCCAUCCCUGUGAAGAUAAGAUUAGCUCCCACCUUGGUACUCUUUUAAAAAAUUUGAAGACAUGGUUUGCCACUGGGCCGAUGAACCCCAAGGUCCGAGUCUUCCAUUGAUGGCUAAAGUACAAGCCAGAACAGGAAGUGAGAAUGUUAGAGAAUUACGGUGAAUUUAAUAGAAGAAAAAGUAAAAGCCAUAGCAUUUGUAGUGCAUAAAGAAUUUUCAAACAGAACUAAGAUACAACAGAUAACUGUGGCAGAUGUUUCCUUGAAUAGUGGGAGGAGACAAUUUGCUUUCAGUAUUUUUUAGGCUGGACAAUUCGUUGCUGACCUUAUUCCUCUGAAAGAGAGAGAAAGAGAAAGAGCUCCCAGAAAGAGACUCAUCCUGAAAAGUAAAAGAUUGCUGCACUUCAUUCUUCCUAUAGAAAAUAGUGCUGAGAAAAAUGACUUUAAUUAUGAAAUAUUGGAACGCAUUUGGCUUUUUCUUCGUUGUUCUCAAUUAUAAUGUAACCCUUGUAGGAAAGAUUUGGUUAACCUACAUGAUCCUGAUGAGACUGAUGGUGAUCUUGUUUGGGGCAUUCCCUGUCUAUGAUGAUGAACUGACCGCUCUCGUCUGCAACACCGAAGAGCCAGGAUGCUCAAGCAUGUGCUAUGAUGCUAUUAUUACAGUCUCUCAAGUUCGCUUCUGGUUCUUUGAGUUUGUGUCUGUCAUGAUCCCUAUGGCAGUGUUCGUUAUGUUUAUUUUGCAUGGUGUGGUCAAGCAAGUGGUGAAGAUCUAUUCUUACCCUUGCACUUAUUGCAGACAGACUAAAAUAUCCACUAUCUUCAGAGGUGCAGAAACAAUCUUCAAUGAUGCAGAAAAGAGCAGAAUCUCUUGCGCUGCCCACGAAUUAUCAAUUCCCGAUUUCUCAUGGGCCUAUGCGAUCCAGCUUUUUGUGAGGUUAAUGAUAGAAGUUAGUUUCAGAAUUAGCAGUUAUUGUUUGUUUGGUUUCUUUGUUGAGAAAUUUUACAGUUGUCUCGAGGAACCUUGCCCUGGUAAAAUAACCUGCUUUAUCCCUAGGUCAUCUGAAAAAUCUGCCAUGAUUAUCUUGCUGUGGAUUGUCAGUUGUUUCUCCUUAAUUCUUGGCCUGGUUGACCUGUUUGUGGCUAUAAAAAGUUGCAGGAAUAAAAGAUGUGCAGCCAACACAGUGGAGAUAAGCAGGAGCCGCCCGCACCGAGAACCAAGACCAAGAGGAGAUGUGUUUGAGCUGGGAAGCGUCGCCACUGAGAAUUUUAGCAAUCCUCCCAAGAAAACCUACAAAAAGGAACGGCACCCUGCAAAAGAUCUCACCUGCUAAAAUCCUAAAUCUGCACUGAGCUGAGAAAAUCAUGCAUGCAUUAUCCUUUCAUUUAUAAACCAUAUAUAACUUCUUGCAGCAUUUAACUCUUGCAUUUACAAAGGUUCACUGAAUAGAGGAAAAGGAGCUGGGUGAUCAUAACCCCUUCCUUCUUUUAGACAAUAUUCUUCAACCUAGGCACUUAAAGAGGUAUACACUUCACAUUUCUCUAGCCAGCCUCCUUAGUCUCCUUCAAACUAUUUUUUUUAAAAAAAGAAGAUAUCAGCAACUGAUUUUUGAAAAAGCUCAUAAGGGUGGAGUGGUAAAUAAUGAAAGUCUUGACUUUGAAACCAAAACCUUCCCUUAGAGCAAUUUGGAGCAAUUUGGAGAACAUGCAGCAAUGGCAGAUUAACAUAAAGGAAGUUUAAGCAAAUUUAAGUAAGAACAGUUGCCAGAAUACAAUAUAACAUGCUGUGUGGCAAAUAUCAUCAUAGUCUGCUAUCUAAAAUCAAAAUUAGCAGAUCUACAAAAGAGAUAAAUUAGAAACCCUUUAGUUCUUUUUCUAUUAAAUUUCCCCUUUUGAAGAUUACUUUUUGGUAUUUUAAUUGCUUACCAUAUUUUUUUAAUAUGCACAGAUAUAAAUGCUUGCAUCUAUAUCUGUUCAUAUAGUCUGAAACUUUUAACACACAACAAAUAGUUUGAUACAACCUGAAGGCAGAUUAAGUUGCUUUUGAUUAUCACUUUUUUUUCUUUUAUUAACAUGCACACUUGUUAAUAUCCACAUUUAUAUCUACAUAUAAAACAUUACAAUUUAGACUUAAUGCUCAAUUUAGGUUUGAAAUCUUAAUUGCAGAACGAAUACUGUGAUGCAAUCUGCAAUCUGCAGAUAGAUUAAAUUGCUUUUGCUUAUCAUACUUUUGUUUUUAUUAAUGUACACAUACAUCUACAUGUAUGUAUCUCUAUAUCCAUAGUACAUAUAAAACAUUACAAUAAUGACUUCAAUACUAAACAACUAGCUCAAGGUUAGGAGCUUUUAUUAUUCAAUAAAUGCUCUGGUUGGGUGUUUUUUUAUUGUUGUUAUUGUUGUACUCCUUGUAACAUCAAUAUCAUAAAUUGUAAUCCAUACUGUACAACUACUUCAUUCUUUA